CAGAUCAAGCAUCUGUGUGGUCUCCCUGAUCCAUAGAGGCCUCAUAGCUUUUUGCAGGACUUGAAGGUUAUGUCUUGGUGUCAGAUACCACAGCACAACUUCAGAUGUCUCGUAGAGUCCAUGCUUCGACACAUAAGAGCUGUUUUGGCAGCACAAAGGGACCUACCUAGUAUUAGGCAGUUGGUUUAAUGUAAUGGCUGAUCGGCAAGUAUGGAUAUAUGUUUCACACAGACCUGCAUCGUGCUUCUCUGUCAAUUUUUUUUACCCCUAAAACAGGAUGUGUUUCAUUCCUUGUAUAACUUUCUUUUCCAGCAGUCAGUUCUAAUAUGAUUGUCCCUGAUCUUGAAUCGCCAGGUACUGUAAUCAGCCACAAGAGGGAACCGUUUACCUGCAUAGUUCGCUACACCAGCGUAAACUCUGAUUAGAGACAAAAACUAAACAAUAAAACACUGCGCUGUUAUAUUUUGCGUAAAAAAAAGACUGGUCCUAUAGAUAUUGAAGUUCCGAUGUGCUGAAUCUCUUAUUGAUGACUUCAUGAAGUAGAUCCACUUUUCCACUUGAUACAGCUGAUCACAGUGAGCACUGCCAUGGCGGAUGGGGUAGACCUGAGCCGAAAGUUUGUUUCAGAAUCGGAGUUAGACGAGAAGAGAAAAAAACGGCAGGAGGAAUGGGAGAAAGUUCGCAAGCCCGAUGAUCCUGAAGAGGUCCCUGAGGAGGAGUAUGACCCUCGAUCCCUGUUCGAGAGGCUACAAGAGCAGAAGGAUAAAAAGCAGGAGGAAUACGAGGAACAAUUCAAAUUCAAAAACAUGGUAAAAGGCUUGGAUGAGGACGAAGCCCACUUUCUGGACGAAGUGUCACGGCAGCAGUGCCUUGUAGAAAAGCAGAGGAGAGACGAGGAUAAACAGGAGCUUCAGGAAUACAGGAGUGCUUUGAAGAAACUGGUGUCUAGUGAGAGUCAAAAGAAGGAGCCAGAGAAAAAGGCUGCACCCAAACCACCAGAACAGAAGACCAGCCAUCUGUCUCAGGCGCACCUACUGGCCGGUGCGGUCAAACGCCGCAGUUCUUCUCAGUCGUCAGAGAGCAGUAAGAAGCAGAAAGUGGAGACGACGACGACGGCAGCACCAGAAACAACUGGUAACGGCAGUCAGACAGAACAGGAAACAGUGGGGCAGAAACCGGUGCCUAGUGCAGGAGUGACACGAGGGGGCAUGCUCCACCGACCCUCUGCAGCCAUGUGUGUGGGCAUCCUGCCAGGCCUCGGGGCCUACUCGGGCAGCAGCGACUCCGAGUCGAGCAGUGAUAGCGAAGGUAGCGUGGAAGGAACAACCUCUUCCAUAAAGUGCCACAGACUGUUCAGAUAGACACACUUGACGAGCCACACGGUCAUCCACAUUUAUUUCUUCCUUAUUACUUCUUGGCUCCUCCCGUUUUUGCCCUUUUAGCUGGGCGGGUCACGGUUGCUUGAUGUCAAUGAUGGUAUCAGUAAUUUGCCGUUCAGAAUUUCUGGAUGUUUGCUUUUAAUAAGUCUUUUUUCCUAAUCUGACUUAAUACUAAUUAAAGGCUGCUUUAACAGUAAUUGGCACUGUGGUCAUUGAUGUGUUGUGUAUUGAAAUAUGACUCCUCCCCCAUCAUCCCCAUAUUACAUUCCAUACAGUUUAAAUCCCUGCACCUAAACCUGGCGACGACACCCUACGCGCCUCCAUGGCUUCUGCCGAGCUGCUGACCAAAGGGACGACGACUGACGUCUGUGGAUCGAAGAGAAGGCUGCUUUAUGUCACUUAAUCGGAUAUCUUCAGUACCAUCAUAUGAGAGAAGCAGACUGUUCUGAGCAGUGCUGGGUUGGAAGAGGUAGAAAUAAUGUCGUUCAGAAGGUCCUUGUUUUUGUGUGUGUGUGUGUGUGUUUUUUUUUUUAAUGCUGCAAUGCUAAAAAUGCUGGAUAUUUUAUGAACUGUUCCCUAUAAGGAUAUGAAUGUGUGUGAAAGCUGGAUGGGACAUUAAAGCCAAAAGGGAAAAGAAAAGUUUAUCGUGUUUUGUUUUUUUCCUCUCUCAUGGUGUUUAAAAUGAAAGUCACUUUAAUCAACUAUAUUUAACCAAAUGAAAUCUCACUAAUUGCAGAAGCGUGCUCUCCAUUAUCCAUUCCAUAAACACUAGAUUGCAGGUUAAAGAGCUCUUUGUGCAUGCACAUGUAAUAUGAUGUGAUCUCAGGACACCUGAAGCAACACCUCAAGUGAAAUUUAUUGACCUGAGUACUGUAACAAAACAAAACAAAAAAAGACCAACCAAACUGUAUAAAAGCAAAAAAGAACAUCACCAUAACCAUGGUACUAUACAAUUGACAAAUUACAAAGCACUACAGAAAAGAUUACAAUUAGGAAAGAUAAUAUCUUUUAAAACACAUAAAUAUACAUUCAAAGGUUCUCAGCCCCUCUAGGAAUGUUUAGCAGGGGUUCCUCAGCUCUAGUUCUCAGUCCCUUUUGAGCUUGAAGGUCCUCUUUUUCCCAACAGCUUGGUCGUGAGCCGCUCUUGCUCCCGUUUUUCCGAGGGCUGGAGUUGACAACCCCUGCAUUAGAGGAGUUAGUGUCUGACACACACACACACAUAACCUUACAUUGCAUCUUGAUUUAGAACUUGGCAUUUGUAAAACCAAUAAAUAAAAACAUUUAUUUAUUAAAAACAA